CCGUUAGUGAGGCGGAUUGUUUGGAGCUUACGGUUUCAUGUACUCUUAGUAGGGGCUUGGUUUGUUGCAGGUAUUGGGUUUGUUUUUGGCUCUUUCCUGGCACUUAUCAAACUGACAAUCCUACCUGCGUUUUUCAAAUGGGUGAACUCGAGAAGAAAUCCUGGCAGUUAAAGAAAAUGCGGUUUCUACUGCUGAAUUUUCGGACGAACUCUCUCGGAUAAAUGCUUCCGUUUAUGCGUUCAACUCGCGGAAGGCCUAGACCCAAUUCUUUUUCUAAAACUCAGGGAGCUGAGAAGACUCGAGAUGCUUCCAACAUAGUCCUCGGUCCUCAAAAACGUUCGUGGAACACUGGUUGUCAUGUCUCUCAACAGCCUCAAGGUCAUGAAACGUCAGAUGCAAACAGUUCUACUCGUUGGCCUAAAUUUAACUCAGAAAACCGAUACGACAAGCAGCAUUGUAAGACGACUAGUGACUACAAAAGAGAGUAUCGAUCCAACGAUAUUCGUGGCUCCGGUCGAGGUCGUGAUCGCGGGCUGGGAAGACAUGCUGAAAGUGCUCCGUUUGUUAAAAACCACAGCAGAGAAGACCGUUACAGUCAUGACCGUCGAAUUUCUUGUUCGCACAGCGAUGAUGAACCUGAGUGGUUUGCAGAAGGUCCUACCACGGUUAACGAAACGAUUGAACUUGGAGGAAUUUUAGAAGAAACCGUGGAAUGUGGCUCACCCAGAAAGUGCGUAGGAGUGGAAAAUGAUAUUUCGCAAGUUGAUGGUAGUAUAUUGACAAAUUCGAGCAUUAGUGCUAGAAACGUCUUUGAUGACAAAGCCUUGGAAGAUGACAGCAAUGCAUUGCCUGAACAACCAAGCAAAUCCACAACGAGUGUCACGGAUCACGUGAUGUCCGAUAAUCAAGGAAGCCGUUUCAAACACCUGUUUCAAAAGAAUGAGAUAUCAGAUGAAAAUAAGCUUCCAAACAAGCCAGCUUCUUUAGACAAUAUCAACGAACAGUUACUUAGGUUGCUGAAAGGUCCGUGCGGAAAUUCUGCCAGUCAUCUCAGUCCUGAAAAAAACAGUGGUAUGGUAUCUACAAAUCCUAAUUCUUUUUCAACUCUUCAAGUUGAAAAUAAGCUUCGCUCUAUUCUACUUGGACAUGGCCCUGUUUAUCCCCCGAAUGUUGGGCCGGUCAAAGAAUCAAAACCAGCAGUACUAACUGUUGAAGAAAUUGAAGCUCAGCUUAAAUUACCUCAAGGAGAUUCAACUGAUAUAAACAAAUCAAUCAAUCCAAACGGUGAUCCUCUUACUCAUUAUUCGGAUCCUUUCAUAGAUGAUCAAGCCAUUAAGUCUCGUGGCAUACCUAUUGGCUCAUCAAAAAACUGUAGCUUGUUUUCUCAGUCAGGAACGACUUCCAACCUGGUGCCUAUUUUGCAAUCACUGAUGAUCAGAAAACAGCAAAACUCCGUCUACUCUCAGUCUACAAAUCCUCAAAAUUCACACUCACAUUUUGGACUGGUCUCAAAUUUUAUGGGCGAUGCCACGUCUCCAGGUCCAUGUAUUAGUCGAUUGCAAAACCCAGGUGUCCCCCUUGAUGUACCUUGUGAUGUCGAUCUACCUUCGCAUGGUUCCCUUCGUCAAAUUUGGGAUGGCACGAGGGAUGUUGCUCCUCACACAAGCCCACAACUGCACCCCUUAGGUUUGUAUCCUGAUGCAUCUAGAUUUCAAACUAUUAAAACUCCGGACUCAGGAUUACCUGGAAGACCUAUAGUUAAGGCCCAACAAAAUAUUUUCGCUGAUUACAACUCAAAUAAACAGGCACCAAACUCUACUUUCAAUAAUAACCAAAGCCAUUUGUCUGUCAAUCCAUCAGUUCACCAAGUUUUACCAAAUGGCAAACUUUUCACUCGAAGCAUUAAACUAAGAUUGGUGCCUGAGUAAUUCUUAUCAUAAUGCCUAUUCAUAAUCAAAGCCAUACUACUUCCCGAACAUGAAUACUACAAUAGUAAGCUGUUUCCCGUAAGCAUUCUGUUCUGUUCCCUUGUCAUUUGCUUUCUGUUCUUAGGAGCAAAAUUAUCAAUUAACAGUCAUCUCCAAAGUGUGUAGCUUCGUCAUCAGUAUUUUAAAGUCUUAUCAUUUUGCUUCGUAUCUUGCAUCUAAAUUCAGCCCUGUUUACUCGGAGGCUCCAGUAUUCUCUAGCAAUGCUUCAUAGUUACUUUUAAUCAAGUAGUAACAACCGGAUAUUUGUUUUUUAAGGUCAGGUUUCACAGCCAUAAGGCUAAGAUGAAACCAGUUGCUGUUCAGCUUACUCGUUCUUGUUUUGCAAACAGACAUCUUACCUACACCACGAGUGACUCAUGCUGACAAAAGUCAAGCGAGCCUUCCAAAUCCGUGCCGGUAUCCCGUCAAAUACCAACUAAAAAGGACUGAUGAGACUUCUGGGACAGAUGGUUAGCACGCUAAACUACUUUACUCCAAUGAAAAUGACAAAAGCUGUCGAAUAGCACUUAAAGUCGAAUAUUUUGAUAAUUGUCCCUCAUAUAUUUGAGCUUAACCAACAUUGCUGAAGUAGUGACCCUUCGUCUGUGUUCCAAAAUGUGAAAGUCAAUAUCUGAUUUAAAUAUCGACGUCCAAAUCUGAAACUUGUUGGAUUUGUUGCUUACAAACCCUGGUUCGAUGUUGGUUAAUUAUUGAAGCUAAUAUCCAAGUCAAACUAAUUCCUAUUCAGCUAUCACAAGAGAAUUUCCAUCCUUUCUUACACUUUGGGGCCAGGUGGAUGAGAUUAUGUUCAUUUCCCAGACUAGUUGGUGUUUCAGUUUGUCGAAUUGGUUAACCUAAACUAUCCUAAAAGAGUCUAACGCAUCAUAACCCACUAAAAUCCCUCUCUUUAAAUUAACUUUAGUCCUGUCAACUUUAUUAAGAGUUGGGAGGAGCCUAUUUAAAUCUACCAUUUUCCAAUUAGGCCCUCAAUAUAAAUGAGUUGCAUAAUUAUUAUAACUUAGACCCAAUUUGUAAUUGACAAUUGCUUCAGCCAGGUAACGUGACAUUUUGGAGUGUUGCAACGACUCUAGAUUUUGGUGUUGGGAUCGGAAAUUUGUGUUAUUUCUAACUAAUGAUGUUUAACCCCUCUCAUCUGUGUAAAAUAAAUUGAUAGAUAUGCUAGUUUUCUACAUUAAACACAGUUACUACCAACGUCCUUGUAAAGUCUGUAGUACGAUUUCAACCUUGAACCGAAAAGUGAGUAGUCACUGUAAAGACAUGUCCAUACUGUGAUCUGAUCGUUUACAUAUUGCAUACAACGAACCUAGGUGAGUUAUACUGCGUUAAAGCAAAAUUAACUCUUGGUUUACUGCAGUUAAUUCAUGUUUUAUGAAUAUUUUUAACUUUUUGUAAUUAUUGUCUUCAGACUCGAACCAUCGUCUGAUUGAUAUGAAUGUGAAGCAGUUCUACCUUGGCAGUACUGAGCCCUCAAAUCUAAAUAAUUCUCAUGGAUCUUUACCUUGUUCAAAACAAAACUAUGGAGAUUUAUUGCCGUUCCAAAGCUCAAGCCCAUCACUAGCGUCAUCUACUAAUUGGAAUAAAAAUUCCUCUGCUCAACACCAAACUAAGGUUAAUGAAUCUCUAACUAGUAAUGGAAGUUUGACUUUGUUAUCACAACUAGUUGAGUGGGAAAAAUCAAAACAACCACUUAGAUCUAAUCUAUCCUUUAAUCGGACGAAGGCGAAAACGCUAGAAGAAAUAGAACAAGCAGAGUCUUCAAGAACUAAUAUAUUCUUUUGAAUUUGCAAAACUCGUGUACCUAGAUUAGAGACUCCCAGAAAUUUCUUCGGGUUAAUUUCAUUCCUUACCAGAUCUUGUAAAUUUAUUUUCUAUAUAAGAUCUGCGUAGUUUUCGCAUGUGCGGAAACAGUGUACAUAGUUUAAUUUUCUUCACAAGAUUGCGAUAUACUUGUUUGCGCAACUAUUUAAUUCUGUCAAUACUUUUCUGUGAAUAUUUCCCUUUAUACUGGAAUUCCAGUAACAGAUCCCUUUUGGUUUCCUAAAAUUGCACUUCAGAUGUGCUUAGUUUAUUCUCAUUUUGCCUUAUUUUGUUGAAUAACCACAGUUUAUGCAUUUCUUUCUGACAGUUUCGUGUUUUGUCGUUACUGAAGUUCGAAAAUAAAAAAAAUUUCUUGG